GGCAUUCAGCCGGACCUUACCACUUACAAUUCCUUGAUUCAAUGCCUAUGCAAUUUUGGCCAGUGGAAAGAGGCUACUACUCUAUUGAACGAGAUGUCACAGAGGAAGAUCAUGCCAAGUGUGAGGACCUUCAACAUAUUGGUAGACACAUUUUGCAAAGAGGGGAUGUUGAAAGAGGCGAAGAUUAUUUUUGAUAAGAUGAUUCAAAAAGGUAUUAAGCCUAACGUAGUCUCUUAUAAUACUUUGAUUGAUGGAUACUGUUUGCAAAAUAAAUUGAAGGAUGCCAUUGAAGCAUUGAAUAUGAUGGUUAAGAGGGAUUGUUCACCUGAUGUUGUUAGCUAUAACACAUUAGUUAAUGGAUUUUGUAAAGAGAAAAGAAUUGAUGAGACAAUGAAUCUCUUUCAUGAAAUGUCCAACAAGGGAGUAACUCCAGAUGUUGUGACUUACAACACUCUUAUAGGUGGGUUUUGUCGAGUGGAGAGACGCAAGGCUGCUCUAGAGCUAUUCCAUAAGAUGCAGGCUUGUGGCCAACCUCCAGAUCCCCGAACUUAUGUUGUCUUGUUGAACGGCCUGUGUAAGAAUGGACAAGUUGUUGAGGCAAUAAAAGUGUUUCUUGAGAUGGAAGACAAAAUGUUGUGCAACAAUAUUGUGAUUUACAACAUUUUGAUUGACGGUUUGUGUAAUGUCGAGAAUCUUAAAGUUGCAAGAGAACUCUUUUAUAGUCUGCCUGCGAAAGGAUUACAACCCGAUGUUCGAACUUACACCAUAAUGCUCAAAGGGCUUUGCAAAGAGAGACUAAUAGAUGAAGCGAGUGAGCUACUUGAGAAAAUGGAUGGGAACGUUUGUACCCCUAACGAUUGCACAUAUAACACAAUCAUCCAAGGGUUAUUGCAAUGGAAUGAGACAUCAAAGGCAAUAAAAUAUCUCAAAAUAAUGGUUGACAAGGGUUUUUCAGCAAAUGCGACGGUUGCAACCAUGUUGUUUGACUUACUGUCAUCUAAUCAAGUAGAUAAGAACAUUCAAGAAUUGCUUCAUAAGUUUGUGUGAAGGUUUUUUAACUUCUCCAGAUCAUGGACAAGCUUCAUAUUUUUACCCAUCGCUGGUCAAUCUGCUGUGAUGCUGAAUGAGAGAAUCAAGAGCCUAGAUGCUCUCCAGAAUGUUUUGAGGAAGGCAGAGGAUUACCUAUAUGC